AUGGGAACAACAACACUUUUUCGAGUGGAGCUGGCCCUAGUGUGCCUGCUGGCAAGAUUGAAUGUCAUAAGUGCUAGGGAAGCUGAAACGUCCAAGGACGUAGUUACGGGCAAUGUUUCUAUUAAUUUCGCUUUUGUUAAAGCUUUAUUUGAUUCAGGAGCCGAACGUUCAUUUGUUUCAAAGUUAGUUGUUUCAAAAUAUUGCUUAGAAAACCCUAGGGAUGUUGAAAUUCCUAUUAUGUUACCAUCUGGGGAAGUAGUAACUUGCUCAAGAGUAUAUGAGAACGCUCUUGUGAGAAUUGGGGAUGUAGACUUUGAAACAAACCUCAUAGAGUUUCCAUUGGAAGACUUGGAUAUCAUUCUAGGAAUGGAUUGGCUUAAAGAGUAUAAAGUCGAGAUUCUUUGUGGCGAACAAAAAGUGAGAUUGAGGAAUAAGAAUGGAAAAAGGGUGACUUUCAAGACUAAACCACAAGAAGAUAGAAUUAAGAUCAUUUCAGCCUUAAGUUUGGUAAAGCAAGUAAGCAAGGGAGCUUCGUUAUUAUUCUUGUGUAGUGUGCAAAUGUUGGAAGAAGAUAAGCUUAAGAUAGAAUAUGUGAAGGUGGUGAAUGAGUUUCCAGACGUAUUUUCGGAAGAUAUAUCGGGAAUGCCACCUCAAAGGGAGUUAGAAUUGACCAUAGACUUAGAACCUGGAACGGCCACUAUAUCAAAAGCACCCUAUAAAAUGGCUCCAGCAGAGAUGAAGGAGCUCAACAAGUAA